AUGGACUACCCAGCGGGCGGUUUCGCGGAUGUCGCCGAAGGCAUGGGACAUUACAAUGCGCAUCGAGGGCAGCUGCAACCGCAACAAUAUCCCCAGUCGACCCCGUCGACUGCCGCAGACAAGAAUGCGACUGCAUUCUACCACCAAACUUUGCCGAACCCUGGGUCUUGCGACAUCAAGCCACGGCUGAACAAGGAACAGCACGACUACUUGGAGAACCAUUACCAGCAGGUAGCGAAGCCGUUGACCAGUGUCAAGAAAGAGAUCGCGAACCAUCUCAACGUGUCGCUGGACAAGAUCAACAACUGGUUUCAGAACCGACGCGCCAAGACGAAACAGGAUCUGAAGAAGCAGCAAGGAGCGCGGAAUAUCGCGCAAGCAUAUCAAUCGGCACAAUACAACUCGGAGCCUAAGUCGUCACCAUACCAACCAUCCGGGCAGUAUGCUACGAUGAUGCAGCAGCUCGGCGACAAUGCGCAACCUUCUAAUCGACUUGGCAUCUCGCAUGUGCAACAGCCGCAGCCUCCUACAGACCCAGAGCUCAUGCACUUGAUCGCAAAUUCAGAGCUCAUGCCGCAAGCGAUGAACGAGUACGUGGGGCAAUAUCAACAACUGCCAGCCGACUUCUAUGAUUCGACUCAAGACCUCAACCGCCGGACGCUUACGCAAGAGAACUUCAACGACAUGACCCGUAACGGAGGCAUGAUGAACGGACAGGGCCAAUUCGAAAACUUGCAAGCCGGUUUCUCCGGAGAUCACGAUCUCAUGAGCCAAGUCUUUGGGGAGAUGUCGCAGAACGAUUUCAAGCAGGAUGUUGCCUUCCCAUACCAGGUGGGAGCGCCAUUAUCCAGCAUCGACUCGUCGGUGCCGUCCAUCGUGUCCGACCAGAGCUACAGCAUGUCGAUGAACGGUUCGGCGGGUGGUGGAGAUGCUUCCGUGGCCGGCUCCGAUUGGACCGAUAGUCGCAGCUCGUCGCUCUCGAUGCUACAGCAGGACUCGAUGGCCAACAUGUCGACCUCACACUCACAAAUGCCUAGGUCUAGCUCUCAGUGGCAGCCCGGGCAGUCAGUGCCAGUCGAUGUUGGCAAACAAUAUGAGGAGUUCCGCCAAGCCGCCCAAGGACGCCUCCGCGAAAACCAGACCUUCGAGCAGCCCCUCGCCUUCCCAAGCGACGGCGCCUACGCUCGUAGGGACUCACAGGCGUCGAUGUUGGCUCAUUCGAUGAACAACGUCAAUAUCCAAACGCCGCAACCGAACCAAGGAGGUGUUUUCAAGGCGCCUGCACCUCCAGCCAACAUUGCCGCCCGCAGGCAGCGCCCGAAGCCUGCCAACCUGGGCAUAGCAGCACUUAGGAGUGCAUCAUACAGCGGUGCCGGACAGCCUGGCUCACCAAGUCAAGGCCUUCCAGUCAACCAUCUCGGGCAGGAUCAGCAUAUCCGUCGCAUCAGAUCUGCUGCCGUCAUGAACGGAGGUGUCGCCCACGGACGCAUCAUGAAGUCGACUCCUGGGUCUGCUCAGCGCUCACCCGUCAACUGGAAUUUUGCACAGUCGAUGGUCUCGCCGCAUCUCGCGCAGAACAUGUCACAGGGCAACCUUGCGCCACCAACGCCAAUGUCGCCGUAUGACUUGACGCAGCAGGAGCAGAUGCUGUAUAACAACCAAAACAACAUCCAGUCGAACACAUACGCCGCUCCUCAGCCCAGUAUCAGCGAGACGGACUUCGAUCUGAACUUUGGCGAGAUGCCGUAUCAGCCAUCGGCGUCUGUGCCAGCGCAGAACGCCACAUCGCCGCCUCACACUCCGUCGUUCUACGAUCAGCACUUCCAAUCCCGCCGAGUAGGCAGUCACGUCAUCACUGAGAACACGCCACCUCAGUCUGCACCUGCUGGGCAGUCGUGCUUCCCCUCGAACAUCUGGGCCAAGGCUUCGCAGCCAAUGCACCAGCAGAUGUCCUACCAGCCGGCCUCUACAGCCCAGCCGGCCCAAAGCUAUGCUGUACAGCAGCCCCAACAGCCUGCGCACAACCUGACGGCAGACCAGCAGACCCAAGGCCCAACUGUCACAUUCGCGCGGGGUCGGCAAUCCAACGUGACGACUGGACCUCCUCCAGGCGUACCUUUGCAAUUCGCCAACGGCGUUCCGACGCUGACUGCGGAAGGCACAGUCAAGAUGUCGUUCCCACCCCAGGCGCAGCUUAUGCAACAGCAAUCACAGCAGAUGAGCACGCCCCCGCAACAGCAGUACUCCUUCGUCGCAAGCUCCAGUGGAUCGCCGAAUGUGCAAGUGACUGCCGCACAGCCACGCAAUGACUUCUCAUUCCACGAGUACAGCCCGCCGGAGUCUCUCAAGCGUGCUUCAGUCCCUCGGAGACCAACGGAUACGACACCCAAGAAUUAUACCUUCACCAACCACGGGCCUACAGACUUUGAGGGCAAGAGGGCCAAGAAGACCUCCGAUGGUCGGGAGGGAACGAACUCUUGCAGCCCGGCUAGCAGCAGCGGCACUGCUUGCACCGCAUGA